GAGAUGCUCUAUUCGUCAACUGGCAUCCUGAAAUACCAGUAGAUUUAAAACACUGACUCCUGGCCACACAUUUGCAGACAGGAGGGGGAAUAAGAGCAAAGCGGCUGGGCUUUUUUGUGGAGACAAGGGAUACUAGAGCAACGUCCUGCAGGAUAAGGGCGCGCCUAAACUACCAGAUUCAUGUGUUGUGAUUGAUUACCCCCGUGCUUACGAAAAUCUUGCAUAGAUUUAGGAGAUAUGUUGCGGCGAGUUGUGCGACAGAGCAAGUUCCGUCACGUGUUUGGUCAGGCCGUGAGGAACGACCAGUGCUACGAUGACAUCCGUGUCUCCAGGGUCACGUGGGACAGCUCCUUCUGUGCCGUCAACCCCAAGUUUGUUGCCAUCAUCAUAGAGGCCAGUGGGGGAGGAGCUUUUCUUGUCCUUCCUCUACAAAAGACUGGCCGCAUAGACAAGGUCUACCCGACAGUAUGCGGUCACACGGGCCCAGUGUUGGACAUCGACUGGUGUCCUCAUAAUGACCAUGUCAUUGCGAGCGGCUCGGAGGACUGCACGGUCAUGGUCUGGCAGAUCCCUGAGAACGGGCUGGAGACUCCCCUCUCAGACCCUGUGGUCGUGUUAGAGGGCCACUCUAAGAGGGUUGGCAUCGUGUCUUGGCAUCCCACCGCUCGCAACGUUCUCCUCAGCGCAGGGUGUGACAACCAGAUCAUCAUCUGGAAUGUGGGCACAGGAGAGGCCAUGAUCAACCUGGAGGACAUGCACCCUGAUGUUAUCUUUAGUGUCAGCUGGAGCCGCAAUGGCAGCCUAAUCUGCACCGCCUGCAAGGACAAGAAGGUCCGCGUCAUCGACCCCCGUAAGAAAAAGAUUGUGGCGGAGAAGGACAAGGCCCAUGAGGGAGCUCGACCAAUGAGAGCGAUCUUUUUAGCAGAUGGAAACAUUUUCACCACUGGAUUCAGCCGCAUGAGCGAGCGCCAGCUAGCCCUGUGGAAAAGUGACAACAUGGAUGAGCCAAUAUGUGUUCAAGAGAUGGACACCAGUAAUGGAGUUCUGCUGCCCUUCUAUGACUCUGACACCAAUGUAGUCUACCUGUGUGGAAAGGGUGACAGCAGCAUUCGGUACUUUGAGAUCACAGAUGAGGCACCGUUUGUUCACUACCUCAACACCUUUUCCACCAAGGAGCCCCAGAGGGGAAUGGGAUACAUGCCCAAAAGAGGCCUGGACGUCAACAAAUGUGAAAUUGCGAGGUUUUACAAAUUGCAUGAGAGAAAAUGUGAACCAAUCAUCAUGACAGUCCCACGUAAGUCGGAUCUGUUCCAGGACGACCUGUAUCCGGACACAGCCGGCCCCGAUCCCGCCCUGGAGGCAGAGGAGUGGUUUGCUGGCAAGAACGGAGGCCCCAUCCUUAUUUCCCUCAAAGACGGCUACGUCUCCACAAAGAACCGCGAUCUCAAAGUGGUCAAGACGAACGUCCUGGAGACCAAGCCGGCCACAAAAGCAGAGAACAUCUCGACUGUCCAGAAGCUUGCCUCUCAGCAUGCCUCACAGCCCUCAGUAAAAAUGGAAGACAAACUGGAAGAGGUACUCCGAGAGUUCAAGUCACUCAGGGACCGCGUCAUCCUUCAAGACCGUCGAAUCGCCAGACUGGAAGAGCAGGUUGCCAAGGUUGCCAUGUAAGACGCGGCCCCUUCCCAGGACCGUUCGUUGCUUUGGAGAGAAUCGAAUGGACGGGGAGGGGGGGGAGGGGGGGGUCAGCCACGCCCAGAUUCUCAAGAUUCGGAUCCCUUCAGCUUGGCAUCGUCCCUGCGACGAGUCCAGGCCCACAUUCCAAGAUGAACUUUAUUUUUCCUCAUCAAGCCUCCGGUUUCACACUUCGCCCUGACACACACAGAGAAAAGGAAAAACUCUUGCAGCUCAUGUACACAUUUGAAGAAAAGACAUUUUUGUUGAAGGAACAGUCUUAACUUUUAUUUUCUGAUUGUGGUAAAACAUUCUUAUGUGAAGUUUGUACUUACUACUCAAAAACUGUAUGUAGCAUCCAGUAUUUCCAUUGUCCUUUUUUUUUUUGUUUGUUUUGCCAAAUAUAAUUGUGUGCGGUUUCAUGCACUGCUUUUACACUUAUUUUCUCUCCUGUUGUACAUUCCAGUCACAACCUGGUAGAAUAAGUUAGUCAAGCUGGAUUUUUUUUAAACAAUAGCUGUUAAACUUUUUUUUUUUUUUCCUCCCACCAGUUUGCUCAUUGAUAACCAUCAGAUUUAUGAAUGUGGAAGAAUUCCUUCUAAAACAUUUUGUUCUUGUUCUUCUGGGAUUGAAAUUUAAC